GUUUUUGUAACUCCAACUUGACAGAAAACAAUAGGUCAUGUUUCCCUACAGGAUCGGCUUUCGACAUGAAAGUCCCCACCGGCCCAGGUUUGAUACUUAAUAUCCGUCUGCUGGAUUUCUUCCUUUUAUUUAGUCAUUACUCCCUUGUCUUUUUCUCUUCUUCCCCUUAUAACUUGCAUGAAAGAUACUGGUAUUACCUUUGACCUGCAAUCGCCUGUUCAACGACCUGGUUUGCUGCAUUUCACGUAGUUCAAAGCACUCAAGACACAAAAGCGUUGCCUUGCAUAUACAUCCACCGAUCCCAACAACACACUCAAAAGUUGGUUGAACCAUCCGGCAUCACCCACCGAGUUCCGUGUAUCACUAGAGCGUCAUAGUCUUUGUUCCCUCUGCGGCUCUCUUGCGCAGUUGUUUUCUCCUUUCUGUUUGAGCCGUUCUUCUUCCUUUGUUCUACACACACACCCACACACACACACUAUGCUCUCAGCUGGGGAAAGGCCUCAACCGCCUAUAAAUACCAAUGCGGUUGUAGAUGCCUCUCGGACACCAGUCUCCAAAGUUUCUCUGAAUCACAACUUGGCCACCUCAAUGCGGACAGAGACAUCCAAAGCAGAGAACAUCCAACAUAUCUGGGUCGUCACCGGGCCUGCGGGAUGCGGAAAAAGUACCGUUGGACGGAUGCUGCAGAAGGAGCUGGGUCUGCCCUUCCUCGAAGGAGAUGAUUUUCACUCACAAACCAACCGAGAGAAAAUGGGCAAUGGCAUCCCUCUAACUGACGAAGACCGUUGGGACUGGCUCAUCUCCCUGCGCAAAGCCGCCAUCGAGGCUCUCUCCCCUUCACAAGCCAACAACUUCCACCCUCCGUCCGGCGUCGUAGUCGCCUGCUCGGCCCUCAAGCAGAAAUAUCGAGACGUCAUGCGCGUCGCCGCCUACGGCUCCCCCUCCGUCCAGAUCCACUUCAUCUAUCUCAAGCUGGACAAGGACGUCCUGAUCGAGCGUGUCAAGCAGCGUGAUCCCUCCCACUAUAUGAAGAGCGGCAUGGUCCACUCCCAAUUGCAGGCUCUCGAGGAACCCCAGGGCGAAUGGGAUGCGCUGACCGUCAGCGCUGAUGGUCCCCGCGAGGAGGUUCAGAAGACGGUUCUUCAGUUGGUGUCGGAGAAGCUGGCGGAAUACCAGUAACCGGGUUAUCAUUUGUCUGCUUGAUUUAUGAUUUUGCUGUUUUUUUUGGCUGGGUUCAAUUGCACGGAUUGCAUCGAUCUCUUGCGCCGUCCGGUGUCUUUGGAGUUUUAGAGCUGCCUACUCAUGCUUUUGGAAGCAUCAUGAUCUGUCCUUGUGUCUACGGAGUCCGCAUCAUAUCCUGGAGUUCCCAUCGGUUUGAAUCUUUAUGUCCUGUCAUGGUGAUCUGUCUGCUGUUAUGAUUCAUGUACACAAGAGGGUUUCCCUGCGUUAGGCAUAGCUGAUACCUUGACUAGAAAGAUGAUUUGCCUU